AUGAUGGAGCACUUGCUAGUAAAUUUUAAUCUGGGUAAGCUUAAGCGUCCUUCUUAUUUUUAUUCAGUGCUGCUAAUUACAAUUACUUUUUGUCAAUUAAUCAGUGCAAUUUUUUCAAAGUAUUAUUUUCUUUAAAAUGCUAGAUAUUACUUAAUCAUUACUAAUCAAUACCCUAAUAUAUAAUUUUCAUAAUCUUCUCAAAUCAUCAAUCUAAUCAAAUAUUUAGAUGUUAAUAGUGUAAUUUAAGAAAAUGAGAUAAUUAUAUAAAUAUUUUAUUGGUGGUUUUCAACAUAGAGUUUAGUGACUUAUAUUCUUUAUGGGAUUUGCUACUAUUAGGUGAAAUAUCAAAAUAUGCAGAAUUUAAUUGAUUAGUCCAGUGCUAAAGUUUUAAAUUAUUCAUAAUUUAGAUGUUAACCUAACUUUUAUUGAUAGAUUAAUGGAUAACGUGUUAACCCACUUAGUUGGUUUAUUUAAACAUAACCUAUUGUUCUACUAACAAAAAUUGCUUAAAUAUUGCAAUGAACAGUCAAAUUUAGUAGAUUAUAGCAAGUUGCUUUGUUUUGAUUAGAUUUAUUUUUCAAAAUAUAAUGAUACUAUUUUUCGUUAAUCAUCAUAGCAUAAAGAAAGAUACACUUUCAUGUGGAUCAAGAUUUAUUUUACUUUAUUUAGAAGUCUUUAGAAUUUUACUUAAUAUUCUUUUAGCAUUUCCAAAUCAAAAUUAGGAACUUCAUGUAAAUAUUUAAAGUAAAAUAGGUUACAUUUAUAGUAUAUUUAUUUUUAUCAACAUUUUUAGCAUGUUUUCUAUUUAAAAUGAGCGAUUUCAAAAUGUUUAUUGCUAAUCAAAAUGUAAGAUAAAUUUUUAAAAUAUUCACAUUUUCUUUAUUUGGUAUAUCUAUAGGAUUAGCUAUAAAUUCACUUUCUAUUCAUUUUGAGAUUACUAAAAGUGAUAAUUUCAUUUUUAUUAGUUUGGUGAGUGUAAUUUCAAUCAUUUGGGUUUUUUAUUAAUUUUAUUUCAACCAGUAAAUAUAGCAUCUUUGCUAAUCAUCUCUAACUGGUGAUCAUUUGACAUAAAAAAUUAUUAAUCUAAAAUCUAUUGCAAAAGAAAUAAACAUUUUUCAUGAAUUUGGCGAAGCUGAUUCAUUUUAUUUGGGAAUUCUUUAUCAACAUUUUUCUAACUCUUGUCCUAAAGAUAAAAAAGAAAGAUGUUUUUGUAUGAUGAGAUUCUUAUAUGAUCCAAAGAAAAAUAAAGAUAUUAAAAACUCUUAAUUUUCUAUGCUUAGACAAAAAAGUUUGUAUUUAAAAUAUCUAAUUAAAACAUGGUUUGAAAUCUAUCUCCUUCAUCAUCCUUAAGAUGUCAAUAUCAGAAUUAACUAUGUAGUAUUUCUUUAUUAUUAAAUGAACAAUCAAGUUUAAUCUUAAAUGUAAAUCAAAUUAACAAAGAGUUAUAAAAUGAACAUUUUAUAAUAGUUUGAUUUAAGUAAAAUAGAACUUUAAUUUAAAAAUGAAAUUAUUGAUAACAAUAGUUUAAGUUAUCAUAAUGAAUCAGAUUUCGAAUAUGUGAUUAAAAUGGAACAAUUAAUUAAGUCUAUAGAAACGAACAUUCUAAAUUUUCUAGAUUUAAGCAUAAAAUUUUGGAGAUAAGUCAAAUAAAAAAUUAUUUAUGAAGAAGAUCUAUGGAAUUUAAAUAAAUAAAUAAUUUUAACAAUUUCUAAAUCUGAUGAUUUGUGGAAUUAAAUAAGUAAACACAAGAUAAUUAACAGGGAUAAAUUAAUAAUUAAGAAUUUUCUAAUUAGAAGACCAAAAUGGUAAUUUCUAUAUAAUUGGUAUCAUUUAUAUGUUCUAAACAAAAAGAUAAAAUAAUCUAUGUUGGAAUAUUGUGAUUCAUAAAAUAUGUUAUAAUAACCAGUUGAUGAAGAUUCAGGAUCAGAUAAUUAAAAUUAAAUAGAUUAAUUUUCUUAUUUAAAACCAUUUAAUUAUACAUCAGCAAUUUUUCACACUACUCAAUCAGGAGAAAUAGUGAAUGUAAGUGAAUCUUCUUAUGAGAUUUUUGGGUUUUAACAAUACACAAAUAUCAAUUAAUUAUUACCUUCAAUAAUAAUACGAAAUCAUUAAUUUGGUAUUGAUCAAUUUAUUUAAACUGGUAAAAGUAAGUCAUUAUACAAAAGGAGAAAAGUUUUGGCUUUAAAUCAUGAAAAAUAAGUUAUACCAUGUAAAAAAUAUUUGAAAUGGCAUUUAAGUCCACUUUCUAGAAUUGAAUAUAUAUGUAUGAUUAGGCCUAUAUAUAGACAUUAAAGCAUCAGUUAUAUCCUAGUCAAUAAUGAUUGGGAGAUAGACUGUGUUUCAGAAUAAAUUGCAGAAUUCUUUUAACCUGGACUAUGCUUGUUUUUAUUAUGUCCAAAAUUAUUGAAAUAUUCAUAUUAUUCUUAAUUUUUGACAGAAGAUGAUCUUUAAUUAUUUAAAUUAAAAAGAACUAAAAAUGAAGAUACAAAUUAAGAUUCAAUAAUUGAUGCUAAAUUUACAAAUAGAAAAAUAACUAUAGUACCAACUAAUUACAAAAAUUAGUAUGUGUUGUAAUAAUAGACUUAAGAUUAAUUAAGUAUGGUUUUAGAGGAUGAUACAAAAAUGGUCGAGGAAAGUCCUAUUUGGAUAAAUGAUGCUUUACAUGAAGAUUAACAGGAGGAGAAAGAUUAAUUAUUUAGAAGAUUUCAUAAGGUUGUUGAUGAAGAUCAUGUUAAAUUAACUUUUCGAAUACCAAAAAAGAUCUAACGUUUAAUUGAAGAUUAUGCUGAAGCUAAAACAGAAAUAUAAUUAAAUGGUUUAGAUUAAAUGACUAUUAAAUCAAAUAAACUUAAAAAUUAACGAAUUAUUAAAAGAAAUUAGCAGGGAAAACUUUCAUUUGACAAGAAAGUACUCUUUUCUAAACUUUUUUAAUAUUAAGAAUAUUACUAUGAAACCUUAUAUAAUCAUUUUAGUAAAAUAUCUAUCAAUAAUUAGAAACCAGUUUUUAAAAGUAUUGUAUGACAAGUAGAAUGUUAAAAACUGUAAUAAAGAUUGAAGCAUCAAUAAGAUUUACUAAGAAUACAAUUAUGGAUAAAUAUUAAAUAAUUAAAAUCACUAAUCUUAAUAUCAUUGAAAGCUAAGCCUUGGAUAAAAAAGCCAAAGUAAAAAUAUUAUUUAAAUAUAGGCUGUUAAUAUUCUUAGUAGAUAAAAUCAAGUAGUUCGGUAAAGACAAAGUGUCUUUUAAAACCAUUAAUCAUAACAUCUUUAAUUAUUCUUAGAGCAAAAUUACUAAUAAUAAAUUGAGUAAAAUUACUAAAAAUUGCUACAUUUAAAUGGUUAUUUUUUAAUUGUAUUUUAGUAUAAAAUUCAGAUGUGGAAUCUUAUAGAAAUACUACAAAUAGGGCAUUAAUGUCUGAAGAUUAAGUAAUAUCUGAUUUUAAUACUUAAAAAAUAACAUCUUUGAGUCUCAAGACAGAAAAUAAUAUAUUUAUUAAAGAAGAAAACAAUAAACCUGCUAAAUAGGAUGAAUAACUAAACUUCUUUAAGAUAUUAAAUAGAAUAUUCAUUUUCUUCUUAAUCAUUUUUAAUCUUAUUGUUCUAUAUUAGGGUCCUAAUAUUAAUCAUUAAGAUAUGGACGAAUUAGGGGUAUAAUAUUUUAGUAUUAAAGUUUUAAAGUACAAAAAAACAGUAUGAUUUUCUUAAUAUAAUGAUAGAAUCAUAUGAUAAAUUACUCAAUGCUUUUUAUUUCUAAAAUAACCUUCUAGGUUAAAUUAUAGAUAAAUCUGAGUUCUAUAAAAACUUGUAAGAGAGCUUUAAUAAUCAAUUAUCUGAAAUAAUAAUGCUUUAUUAGUAGCCAAGUUUUGUAUAGAAAAUCUACAAAUCGAAAAAUUAUGAUAGUCAUUAAAAUAUUAUCGAUUUAAUAAACUAAUAUACUUCUAAUAUAGGAAGCCUUUAGUAGAUAGAUAAUAACUAUGAUUUUGAUUAAGAACUAGAUUUCUUUCGAACAAUAUUUAUUCCUUUUCUCUUUAACUAUUAAAGUCGAAACAUAUUUUAAAUGAUUGAUAAACUUAUUUAGAAUUACUAGAAUUAAGAUUAGAUAUGUUUUGUUAUAAUUAUGACAUCUACUGGAAUUUUUGGAUUUUAUUUAAUCUACAAUAUUAUUAAAAUUACGAAGCUUUUAACUCAAAGUCAAGUAUGAUUUCUAAUAUCUUUAGAAAGUUGCUAAAUAAUUAUCUUAUAUUGAAAAAACAUAAGUAGAAGAAUCAUUAAAAUUUUAUAUCAAUUUAAAAUUUUAAUUUUCUUGUUUCAGCAGUCAAAGUGGUCUGAUAUAAAAUAGUAACUAAGAUAAUUAAUCUUUAGAUUAUUUUUAAUCAACUAACCAAACCAUUAUUAGACAAAUGGAGGAAGAUGAAAAGAGUAACAAUUUAAAGAGACAAAAAUAAAAACAGUAUGAAUGGUCAAAAAGAUGGAAAAGAAUAAAAGUAUUAUUAAAAUAAAUUUAGGUGUUGAUGAUUCUCAGAUAUUUAUUAUUUAUGUCAAUAAUUUCAUUUUUAAGUUACUUUUACUUUAUUCAAAUUUUAGGAUUCAAUAAUCAAAUGUCAACACUUUUAUUUUCAAACUUUUUUACAAAACAAACAACAUAAUUGUUAUCAUUAACUCUUUCUAAAGAACUUUUUAUUUAUAAUUUCUUCAAUCAGACUUAAAUUAAUAUCUAAAAUUUUCAAGAAAUUUAAAAUCAAUAUGUAGUUAGUAGUGCCGAUUUACAAUCUCUCUUAUACUAGACUAACAUUGAUGAAAUAGACUAAAUAUUUAAUGGAGAUUUGUGUAAAACUAUAAAUCAAAGUAUAUUUUGAGCUUUAUCUAAGGAAUUAGUUUCUAAUAUUGUGAUACUUAUUUGAAUGGUGCAUUAAAUUACGGAUUGUAAUAUUAUAAUUUUUUGCUUUCUUAAAUGGCAAAGUAAUUGCUAAAUCCACAAGAGGGACUGUAUGAAAAUACUACUAUAGAAAAAAUCUUUGAAUUUGAUUAGGUAAUGAUUAUUUUUAUGUUUUAGGUUAAUUAAUUUUAAAGAAUUGGAUACAAGCAAGCUUGGGAGAUUCUAGGAUUUAAAUAUACUUAAAACAUUGUUGAUAGUUCCUAACUAGAAAUUAUUUUUCUGUAUUUCAUCAUUAUUCAUAUUUAGGUCUUGCUCCUUAACAUUAACUUUAGUGUUAUUCAUAUUAUUAUUUGAGAUCAACUUCUUUAAUUAAAUGCUAAGAAUCAUUUUGGAAGUCCGUUGCUUCUACAAAAGAUACUUCUCAAAUAAUACUAUAGAUAGACAUAAGAUUAUCAGGGCUUAAUUAAUUUAGUGUAAAAUAAUCAAUAAAUGA